GUAAAGGACGUUUCUAGGUCAUUCUUAACCGCUGUAUUCAGGCAUUUGGUUGAUGGCGAUUGUGGAAACGGGUCACAAUGCUAACGCACACCUUGGUGAGAGUCUACCAAACUACCAGGUUGAGCUAGACACCUCAGAAGAAAAUUAUGCAGAUUCAUACGGGUCUACUUGUGUUCGUUGUGGAGAUCCCUUCCAAUUAAAUGAAAAAGUUGUGCAGACGAAAGAUAGCAGUUACCACGUGAAGUGUUUUGUCUGUGUUCAGUGUUUUCAACCAUUCCCGGAAGGCGUUUAUUAUGAAUUUGAUGGCCGGAAAUACUGUGAACAUGAUUUUCACGUUUUAUUUGCGCCAUGUUGUGGAAAGUGUGGAUGUUUCAUAAUUGGCAGGGUGAUAAAGGCAAUGAAUUAUAACUGGCAUCCUGAUUGUUUCCGUUGUCACAUAUGUGAUAAGUGUCUUGCAGAUGAGGGUUUUGUCAAAUUACAUGGGAGAGCUGUUUGCCAUGCGUGUAAUGAACAUGAAAAAGCGUCUGGUUUGUCUUACAUCACAUGUCACAAAUGUCGAGCUGUUGUGGAAGAAGGACAGCAGUUAAAGUAUCGCUCUGAAGUAUAUCAUGCAUAUCACUUUUCAUGUGCAUCCUGUGGUUCAGAACUUUCUUCCGAUGCCCGAGAAAAGGAUGGAGAUUUGUACUGUCUUCGUUGUCAUGAUAAAAUGGGAAUACCCAUAUGUGGUGCUUGUAGACGCCCUAUUGAAGAAAGAGUUGUCCAUGCUUUAGGAAAAACAUGGCAUGUGGAACACUUUGUUUGCGCCCGAUGUGAAAAACCGUUCUUAGGUUCUCGCCAUUAUGAGAAGAAAGGGUUGGCAUACUGUGAACUACACUAUCAGUUGUUGUUUGGAAUGCUGUGCUAUUCUUGUAAUCAAGUAAUACCUGGGGAAACAGUGUAUGCAUUAAAUAAGGCCUGGUGUGUAGAUCACUUCGGGUGUAGCGUGUGUGACAGACGCCUGAGUCCAAAAACCAAGUUUUAUGAAUUUGACUACAAGCCAGUUUGCAAAUCCUGUUAUGAGUUGUUUCCCGUGGAGUUACGUAAACGUAUUGCGAAAAUGCACAAAAUGGAGGACUAACGCAAAAAACCAAAUCUGGUUUUAUAAUAAAUUUGCACCUCCCAACUCACUUUUACUGCGCUUCUAUUACUUUACUAUCUUUGACUAUGUUUUGCAUCUUAACUUUUAGUUUGCCUGAAAUUGUAAGUGGGUUCAUUGCUAUACUAAUCAACAAAAUUAAAAUAAAACACAAAAGUACGCA